AAGGGACAGCGAGCGCGCGGGUCGGCACAGGCUGCGGCCGGAGGGGGUUCGCGCGUGGCCAGCGAGGAGCCCGGGAUCCUUGACCAGGCGCCCCGGGGUUGCGGUCCGAGGCGUGGAUUUCCCUGCGGGGAGAAGAAGCGCCCGCGUUGCUCAGAGCUCCGGACCUCCACGGCGAGGAAACAUGUGGCUCCUCCUUCCUCUUUGCGGGAUCUUCAUAGCAAACUCAGCAGCAGAGUCCCCCCAGGAUCAACCUCAUGACCCCUUCAAUUAUGAUUACGAUUCGCUGAGAAUUGGAGGCUUGGUGUUUGCCGUUGUCCUGUUUCUGAUGGGCAUCCUCAUUAUUCUUAGCCGGCACUGUCGUUGCAAGUUCAACCAGCAGCAAAGGACCGGAGAACCAGAUGAAGAGGAAGGAACUCUGCGCAGCUCCAUCCGGCGUUUAUCCACAAGGAUGAGAUAGAAGACAUCAUAACUGGUAGCUGUAUGGAUAUGGAUCCUCCUGGAUCUGGAGCGCUCCCCUCCUUCGUUCCGCCUGGCCUUUGUUCUCCCAGCAAGGCCCCACUGCUUGCCACAACUCCAGUGAAUUCCAGAACUGCUUGCCUCUGGGGGUCAUCCCCACCCAACUAACCGCCCCUUACCAAGACCUUCCCCUUCUGUUUUGUCUUGCUGCUUGAAGUCCACUGCUUCUCAGAGAGGCAGGGCAGCCUUCUAACCCUUGGCCUUCAGCCUCUAGUGACCAUGAAGGAUUCUAACUCCUGAGCUGAGCUCAAGCUGCUUUACAGCAGGGCCCUGUCUGAGCUCCCCGCCUUUAAAAAGCUCACCUUGGGCUUCUGGAAAUAAAAAAAUGUCCUUGAGUCCAGUUCUUCUCCAGGUGGCUGCAUCCGUGCAGUUGUCUCUGGGCAGCUUUCGAGAAGUAGUUUGCUUGUUCAAGUUUUCGAUCUAGUAUUCCGUCCUUGGUUUCACAGAUGGUCCCCUGUCCAGAACUAACCAUGAGAUCAAUUUGGGGCUCCCACUAAGGCAAUAGUUCU